AAUCAGCUCUACAAACAUUGCCGCGAAGAAGAGGAAUUGAGCUCUUCCUCUUUCUUUUAUUUCCGCCAUUGCCUGAGAUAGUUGGAAAAAUAUGGGCAAGCCUAGAGGUCUGCGCACUGCCAGAAAGCAUGUGAACCACCGUCGCGACCAGCGUUGGGCCGACAAGGACUACAAGAAGGCUCACUUGGGCACCAGAUGGAAGGCCAAUCCCUUCGGUGGUGCAUCCCACGCCAAAGGCAUUGUCCUUGAGAAGGUUGGUGUUGAAGCCAAACAGCCCAACUCUGCCAUCCGCAAGUGCGUGAGGGUUCAGCUGAUCAAGAACGGCAAGAAGAUUACCGCAUUCGUGCCCCGUGACGGUAGCUUGAACUACAUUGAGGAGAACGACGAGGUUUUGGUUGCCGGUUUCGGUCGUAAGGGCCACGCUGUCGGUGAUAUUCCCGGUGUCCGUUUCAAGGUCGUCAAAGUUGCCAACGUUUCCCUGUUGGCACUUUACAAGGAAAAGAAGGAGCGCCCAAGAUCUUAGAUGAUGAUACAUCUAUCAGUUUCCAGAGUUAGGGUUUAACAAAUCUAAAUAAACAAAACAAAAAAAAAACAACAAAACUGAAAUCUUUGUAUUCGACUCCUUUGCAGAUUGAUUAAUGAAAUAUCUGCUUACAGUGGAAGGAAAUGAAGAUUAACUUCUAGGAACGUGGAAUCUAGCCCGGGUAUCUUAGCUGCAUAGAGCAAAGAAUAGCUUAGCCAGAAGGCAGGCUCUGACGGCGCUACACUUUCCUCUUUCAUUUUGGGACAUAAUUCAUAGUUUGUUUUGAUACAAUGUUGAGCAUUUAAUAUUUGUAUUUUGUAUUUUCAGUUGGUCUUAUAUGUGUAUUUAAAUGCCUAGAGCCUUAUGAACUACCAGUAUGGAUUAAAGUCAGCCUGUGCCAGA